CAGUCUUUUGUGCUCCUGUUUACAACAAUAGCUCACAAUUGAAGUAACUUUUGACGCGAAACGGAUCGAGGAUGGCGGCGAAAAUCGAUGUGACCCGAUUUCCUUGACAUUGCGACGCGAUGGCGAAAUCCGGGAGACUUUGAUUUCGAACAAAUGAAUAUUUCAUGCACAGCCGACUUGAUCCAUUUCUUAAUCUUUUGUUUUACGUAUCUAUCGGAUAAGAAGGUAAUUAACCGAUUAGAUUGGGGUCAAGACGCGUUUGAAAUGUGAAACAUUUGCAAACUAUUUCUGUCAGAUUGAAUCAGGAUAGGAAAACACUUGCGGUUGUUUUUACGCAAAAAUCAAUCCGGUGCAAAGUUUUCCGUCUCGGGCGGCUGUGAAAAAAACACCGCUCGUAAACAAACGAGUGCGUUGACACAAAACUGAAGAGCCUCCUUGAUUUUACUUAAUCGUUGUCAAUUGUUUAUUUCAAGGCCUACGACACGCGGUAUCGCUUAAUUGCUGAGAAAUUGUUUGGAAAUUGUCAUUUUUCGGCGUUUCCGCGCAGCUAUUUAUAAAAAUUCGGAUGCAAAAUUGACGUAAAAUGUUUGAUCGUAAAAAUAAAAUUAACCCGCAAAGUCAGUUUGCCAAGUUAUUUGACAUUGUCGUGUUGCACGUAGGUUACAGUAAUAAUUGUAAUUAGUGAUCCGUUUUAGAGGUAUUAUUACUUAAUUAUCGUGUUUUUGACGAAAUUACGGCGCAUUAAGUGUCUUUGACCCCGAGUGAUAAGUGUGAAAAAGCGCGAAAAUGCAAGUCUGAGAUAUACAGACAGUUGCAGUUUAAAUGAACCAUGGCUGUAUUUUGUAAAAUCAACCUCCAACCUCCGUGGCCGCAUGGCACGUCAGCGCGCGCCAAUCACCUGCCGGCAUAGUCCGCCCCUCCCCCGCAUGGGCCACGCCCACCGCUUGUCUAAAUUUCGGCGGCAAUUCAGUCGAGACUUACAAGAAUGGCCGAGGACGCCAUGGACACACCCCCGAAAGUGAAUCUAACCCCGCACAGUGAUAGUAAAGUGAACGGUGAGCAUUUGCCCCUCAUGGAGGACGACAAGCCGGCGUUGCGCGUGCAGUUCGACAAGCCCCAAACGAGCGCCACCAGCCUCUCGUCGAGCUCCAGCUCGAGUCUCGACCUCAGCGAGGCCGCGCCCCCCGACGGGGGCUGGGGCUGGGUGGUGGUGGUCGCCUCGUUCGUCGUCAACCUCAUCGCCGACGGAAUCACCUUCAGUUUCGGCGUCAUCUUCGUCGAGUUCUUGAAAUAUUUUGGCCAAAAUCGGGGAACCACCGCAUGGAUCGGGAGUUUGUUUAUGGCCAUGCCGCUGCUGUCGGGGCCCAUAGCCAGCUUCCUAACCGACCGGUACGGCUGCCGGAAAGUCACGAUCUUCGGUUCGGUUUUAGCCUCGACGGGGUUUAUUAUUAGUUCAAGGGCUAACAGUAUGACAGUUCUCUGUAUUACCUUCGGUAUCUUGGCCGGAUUUGGUUUGAGUCUUUGCUACGUGGCGUCGGUUGUUAUCGUAGCCUACUAUUUCGAUAAGAAGAGAUCGUUCGCGACAGGGCUGGCGGUGUGUGGAAGUGGCAUAGGGACUUUUAUUUUUGCUCCUUUCAUCCAAUUCCUGCUCAAUGAGUACGGUUGGAGAGGCACAACCUUGAUUCUGGCCGGUUUAUUUCUGAAUCUAGCGGUCUGUGGCGCGGUCAUGCGCGACUUGCCAUGGACUUCUAAAAAACUCAAAAAUCUAGCUAAAGAAAGGAAACGAAACCGAAAUUUGAAACGAAAAAAAGGCUCGUCAGCCGAUUCUUUCUCAGUUAGCAAUAGCACAAACACGGCUAGUGGCCUUCAACCAAUCGGGGAAACGAACGAAGAUCCCGACACGACAGCGCCCGAUCGGCUCUCCUCGUCACUCGUCAAUCUACCAACCUACGUCCGCAACGGCGAAAAAGUCCCCAUUGAAGUUAUCGAAUUGUUAUCACAACACAAAAACGUCUACAACGUCCUUCUAGCCAACUACCCGAACCUCCUGACGCCCUCACGGAGUUUCAGCGACUCAGGGCGUCUCAACGAGGCCUACUUGAAACAAUUGCCACAGCCCCCCACGACCAAUCAGGACGCGGCUUACUUAUGGUGGCUGAAAAGAAACCAAAUAUCCCCACCGCGCAACCCUAAAAGUAAACUACCAACUGCGUUUUUAAAAGAUUUGCGUGUGCAUAGGUUAUCGGUGACGUACCGCGGCGCCAUGUUGAAUAUCAAUCGGUACCGACUUCGGGCGAGUUCGUGUCCCGACAUUUACAGGAACAGUAUGACCACCAUUGCGAAAGAAAAAUCGCAGUGGUACGCCGGAUUAUGGGAUUUCUGGGAUUUACUCGUCGAUAUGUUCGACUUUUCACAUUUCGCCGAUGUGAAAUACCUGCUUUUUGCCAUUUCGAAUUUUUGUUUGUACACCUGGUACGACGUACCCUACGUGUACUUGACUGACCACGCCAGGAAUUUGGGAUAUUCGGAGGAGGACGCCUCACUGCUGAUCUCCAUCAUUGGGAUCAUCAACAUGCUGGGCGAGGUGAUCCUGGGCUGGGCCGGGGACCGGUCGUGGGCCAACGCCAACAUCAUCUACGCCGUCUGUAUGGGGCUGUGUGGGGCGGUGACGGCGAUCGUGCCGCUCAUUGACAGCUACUGGUCUCUGUGUGUCAUUUCCGGUGCCUUUGGGUUCUUCAUAGCAGCGAAUUACUCUCUCACGUGCAUAAUCCUCGUUGAAUUGAUCACUUUGGACCGUUUUACCAACGCUUACGGUUUGCUACUGCUGGUCCAGGGCGUGGCUAACCUCAUCGGCCCGCCUCUCGGAGGUUGGCUGUGCGACCAAACGGAUAAUUAUAAUUUGUCGUUCUACUUGGCGGGGCUGUUUAUAGCCCUUUCGGGGCUACUGUUGAUCGUCAUGCCCUUCGUGAGGCGCUACAAGCGCUUCAUGCGACGCAACGAAGACUUCGAAGAGACCAAAUUCCAGAACAUCAUCGCGGCGUGUCUGUCGAAGACGGUUCAGAAGCCGGCCGCCGGUGGCGCUAGUCACAUUUAAUAAUCACAAGUGAACUUAAGUUUUUUUAGGAGUUUGAUGUCAUUUUUCGACUGCUUUUUUCGUGUUGUUUCGUCGUGCAUGCGUCCUUAGACGAGUCGAAAGUUCAAUUAAUUAAUCCGUAGAGUUUUCCGAAUCUCAGGUUCAAAAUCGUAGGGGAAUGUUACUUCUUGUAUAUAGGCUGUGUUGAUUAGACUAGCCGUAGACCAGACACUGAUAUACAAUCAUGCACCAUUCAAUUGUUAUUUUUUAAAGUUUGUUGUUCGGUGGGUGCGAGGGAGGUUUCGGACGUGGGCCGAAGCGGAAAUUUUACACGACACGGGUCCGAAAUGUCCGAACCCAUCUGAAUUAUAAGCAUAGCUGUGAUUCGAAGUUCGAGUUGUUUUUUUACGAUUACGAAUAACUCAAGCGAGUAUUUUUAUUGAUUAUUUAUUUUUCCUCCUAGGGUCUGUUUACGUUCCCGAUAGUACAACAUUUCAAAUACUAAUCGACAGUAUUUCAACUUGAGUUACCUUUUCAGUAUCGAUUCUCAUUAUUUUCGAUCUCUUGGUCAAUGAGGGCCAAUGUGGCGAUAGACCUAGCUACUGUCCUCUAACAACGCGGCAAAAAAGGACGGAAUAAAUGGCCUUCAUUGACCAAAGAAUCUACGAAAACGUACCUUAUUUUCGGUUUUGUAUAUAUUUAGUGUCCCCGUCAAUAAAUUCAUGCCUUUAGGUACUCUAUAAGUAGGAAAUCUCCAAUACGAUUAGGUCCCACGUUAAAAACGUUCUAAUAAACCUAAUCUAUUUUAAUUUGGGGCCAUUCGUUGUUUCAUAGUUUUUAAUAUCUUUACUGUAUUAAUAUCGAUAGAGUAAAUAAAACUAUUCAAAUAGCAAA